AUGGUAGGUUAUAAAUCGAUUUUAUUACAUAAAAUGUGUAUCGAUCACUCCGUUUGGCCUGUAGAAUAACUGUGUGUGUAUAAAGGUUUCUGGGGUUAUGUUAAAACUACCGAAAUAGUGCAAUUUAAAAGGGAAUAUAAGUGUGAAUUUAUUGUGGUAUUUAAUAGAACAAUAUGUAGCUGUUUGGUUGUUCUUAAUAUCAGAAAAAUGUAUUGUGAUUGCUCUGUUUGGUCAUUUAUAGAAUAGUUGUACGUAUACAAAACUUUCACAGAUUGUGUUAGAACGACGAACUAGUGUAAUUUUUAUAAAUUAAUAAAAGUGUGAAAAAUUAAUAGUAAAGGUACUUUAAUAUUGUUGAUAUGAUUUAACCCAUAUUUAGGUUGCUUUAUUAUUUUACUCUGUCUAUUAAACGCAGACAAUUUUACUCGUCAAGAGGAUAGUGCUGGUGCUUAAUUGGUUAAAGAAGGGGAAGGGGGAUAACCAAGCUCAAAUUUGAUCAAGUGGAAGGUUUACUAGGGCACCUCUGGCAGUUUACAGUGCUGUAGAUGGCUUAGCCAAGGUACUCCCUUCCAGCACAGGAGAGAACAAAGCACAGCCUUACUUACACAAGUUUUCAAUCACAUCAAGUCCGAAUACGGUAGUAGACUACACUUUACCAUACCCUAGUGCCUAAACCUGUAAAGUACCCCAAGUAAUAAUAUUACUGUAGUCUUGGUUGUAUUGGCAGCAUGUUAACCAUAUUAAAUACCUGAAAGCAGUGUUUAUAGUUUGAACGUAUAUUUGUUUAGGUUCAAUCAGCAUCAACAUCCGUAGGAGGUGGUAAAUCACCAUCAAAAGGCCUGGCUAAGGCCUCUAGUAGUGGUGGACAGGCAAGACAGAGAAAGGGUACAUCUAGUGCUGUUUCAAGGAGAACAACCACCGCUGCUGGUGGAGGAAUGUGGAAAUUUUACACAGAAGACUCACCUGGAUUGAAAGUGUAUGUCAACUUAGUUUAGGACCUGUUCAUGUGAAUAUAGACUUUUGCAAAACCUUCUUUCUUCAGUGAAAACAAAGGCAUUGGCAACAUUGUUGCCCAACGAAACUUAGAGGUUGAGCAAGUUCGAUACCAGUUGUUAUAAAAAUUUAAUAAUUUUCCAGGUAUUCCAAUUGGAUACCAAGAAAAUUUUGAACCUAGUAUGAUAGUAAACAAGGUUGAUUUCUCACAGUUUUUUUCUUCAUUUUUUAUAGCGGUCCAGUACCUGUCCUUGUCCUGAGCCUUCUGUUUAUCGCCUCUGUUUUCAUGCUUCACAUUUGGGGGAAAUACAACCGUGGAUGA